AGGCCCAAAACCCUAACCCCUGACCAAAGAGAGGCGCGUAGUAUAUAAAUAUAGCAGCUGUAUCCUCUCGGACACACUCUGUUGUUCCCAAAACCCUAAUCCUUCGCAACGGUAGGGUUUUGCAGAGCCUCUUUCUUCUUUCGCAUUUUCUUCCUCCUAACCGGCGCCACCCUGCUUUUCACGUUCCUCUAAUCUGAAAUGGGCAAGUCUAGCAAGAAAUCAGCUGUCAAGGUUGACGCCGCUCCAGCUGCUGUUCCGCCAUCCAAAUCCGCGAAGAAGGGUGGCAAGCGACAAGCUGAAGAAGAAAGUGAGAAAGCGAUUGCAAAAAAACAGAAGAUAGAAGAGGUUGUGCAGAAGCAAAAGAAGGAAGCAAAGGUGCAAAAGAAGGAGAGCAGUUCUGACGAUUCUUCUUCUGAAGAUGAGAAACCUGCUGCUAAACCUGCUGCUCUUCCAAAGAAGACCCCUGCUAAUAAUGGUGCUGUAAAAGCCCCUGCAAAGAAAGGAAAACCAGCUUCCAGUUCUUCUGAAUCAUCUGAAGAUGACUCUUCUGAUGAGGACGAAGUGAGUGCAAAGAAGCCACAGAAAGUGGCAGCCGCGAAACAAAAGAAAGCUGCACCACUGCCCAAUAAAAAGGAGAGUAGCUCAGAUGAUUCUUCUUCAGAGUCUGAGGAGGAGAAGCCUGUACCAAAAGCUGUCGUGCCUUCACAAAAGGCUCCUGCUAAAAAUGGUGCCCCAGCAAAGAAAGGCAAGCCAGUUAGCAACUCGGAGUCUUCUGAAGAUGACUCCUCUGAAGAUGAGAAACCAGCUGCCAAGAAUGGCUCUGUAACUGCCGCUGCAAAGAAAGGCAAGCCAGCUGCAGCUGCAAGCUCUUCUGAUUCAUCUGAGGAGUCCUCUGACGAGGAUGAUGUUCCAAAAACCAAGGUGGUCCCUGCUGCAGGGAAGAAUAUAGCGUCUUCUAACAAGAAGACUCAGCCUAGUGGAGGUUCUGACUCUGAUAGCAGCUCUGAUGAGGACGAUAAAAAGAAAACAUCUGCAACUACAAAGCCGCCUGCCUCAUCAGUUGCUCCCGCUAAGAAAGUGGAAAGCUCAGAUGAUGAUUCAAGUGAAGACUCUGAUGAAGAUGAUGAUGUCAAGCCCUCUGCAACUGCUGUGUCAAAGCCUUCUGCUGUGCCAAAGAAGAAAGUUGAUAGCUCUGAUUCUGAUGAUAGCAGCUCUGAUGAAGACGAUAAGGAGGCUACCAAAAAGGUUUCCAAUGUCAAGUCAGUGCCUGUGUCUAAGCAGCCUGUUAAGACCUCAAAAACUAGUGAUUCAGAAGAGGAGUCUUCUGAAAGUGAUUCUGAAGAGGAAAAGGGAAAGAAGAUGGAUAUAGACGAGGAUGAUAGUUCUGAUGAAAGUGAAAAGCCUCAGAAGAAGAAGGCUGUGAAAAAAGUCAAAGAAAGUAGUGACAGUUCAGAUGAUGAUAGUGAGGAAGAAAGUGAGGAGGAACCCUCCAAAACUCCGCAAAAAAGAGCUAGGGAUGUUGAGAUGGUAGAUGCUGCUUCAUCCGGAAAGAAAACUCCCAAUACUCCAAUUACACCAAAUGCAGAGAGCGGCUCAAAUACUCUUUUUGUGGGGAACCUGGCGUACAGUGUUACCCGAGCUGAUGUGGAAAAUUUCUUCCAGGAUUGUGGAGAAGUUGUUGAUGUUCGUCUUGCUACAGAUCCGGAGGGUAAUUUUAAAGGAUUUGGUCAUGUUGAGUUUGCAACAGUUGAAGCUGCGCAGAAGGCUCUUGAGUUGAAUGGAGAAGAAUUAUUGAAUCGUCCCCUGCGUCUGGAUUCAGCCAGGGUCCGGGACAAGGGUGCUUUUACUCCCAAUAGCAGCAAUUGGAAAGACUCAUCCCAGAGAAGUGGAAGAGGCCAGUCUCAAACACUAUUUGUUAGGGGUUUUGAUAAAUCACUUGGGGAAGAUGAGAUAAGGGCUAGUUUGGAAGAACAUUUUGGUUCUUGUGGAGAGAUUACAAGGGUAUCAAUUCCGAAAGAUUACGACACUGGUGCUGUCAAGGGGUUUGCUUACAUGGACUUUGGUGAUGCUGAUAGCUUUGGCAAAGCUCUAGAACUCCAUGAAAGUGAACUUGGAGGUUAUACCCUCUCAGUGGAUGAAGCCAAGCCUAGGGAUAAUCAAGGAUCCGGUGGAGGUGGAAGAGGCGGUGGUGGAAGAGGUGGUGGUGGUAGGUUUGGUGGAAGAGGUGGCAGUGGCGGUAGGUUUGGCGGCAGUGGUGGUGGACGUUUUGGUGGUAGUGGUGGUGGCCGAUUUGGUGGAGGUGGAAGAGGCGGUGGUGGUGGUGGUAGAUUUGGUGGAAGAGGCGGUGGUGGAAGAGGUCGUGGACCACCAAAUAGAUCCAUGGCGGAAGGCACAGGGAAAAAGACCAAGUUUAACGAUGAAGACUAGAGUGGCCUGAGUCUUUCUUGCAGAUACUGAAUUAGUAUUUGUUUUCUUCACCUUCUAUUAGGUUUUUUGUCACAUCAGUUUUGGUAUUUGUUAGUAUGAAUUCUUAGUAUUUUGCUUGUAUUGGGAAAUUUUGAGAUUUGAUACAUUUGUCUUUUAUGCAUUAUUAUAUUACAGUAAUUGUAGCUCUUCAGCAUCGCGGAUUACUUUAAGCCGAAGCAAAUAUAAAUAUAUAUUUAUAUAUUUAUCGGAAAA